CGGGGCAUCUUGCUGCUGUCUCCACCCCGUCCCAGUCUCUCGCCAUUGGGGCUCCUUCCUUCCUUUGAGGGUGGGGAGGGGACCUUCACAAUUUCUGGGCAUGCCGGUGCACACCCGGCACACCAUCUCGUCCUUCUUAAAGAUUUCUGCUUUCGACUGAAUUUCCACGCCGCACGCUCAGUCCGCCCCUUCUUGGUGUACGGUUUCUGGGCAGUGACUAAUUUCUUUUUACACGAGCAGUACUGAUAACCAUUGAUCCUGGAUUUAGCUAUUUCUUGUAUGUGAUAAGCAGAUAAGCUGCAAUGAAGGAUUCUCAGGAUAUUCAGAGCACGACAGAGCUGCAGAUGUCACCCCAAGGUACCAAUGAAGUGCAAAGUAACCAACUAAACACAAUGGCCACUGAUGCUCCUGCAGGAGAUCCUGGUUCUUUGGCAGUUGCUAUUAAUGAUAAUAGAAAAGUUUCCCGUGAAGACAUUGAACUUGUCCAGAAUUUGAUAGAGCGCUGUCUGCAGUUAUACAUGACCAAAGGAGAGGUUGUUAGGACGCUUUCUACUCGAGCGAGAAUAGAACCUGGCUUCACUACUUUAGUAUGGCAGAAACUCGAAGAAGAGAACCCUGAAUUCUUUCGGGCUUACUAUAUAAGAUUGAAACUGAAAAGACAGAUUAUCUUGUUCAACCAUUUGUUGCAGCAUCAGUGUAAUUUGAUGAAAUAUCCAGCACAUCCUAAUGUUCCACUAGCUCCAAUGCAAAACGGGAUGCAUCCUAUGCCAGUUAACAAUCUACCGAUGGGGUAUCCAGUACUUCAACAACCUCUGAUGCCUGCUCCCGGCCAACCUCACAUUGAUCCUAUGGUUUGUGGUCUAUCCAGCGGUCAUGUGGUGAAUGGGAUCCCUGCACCAGGUGGCUAUCAACCAAUUCGCAUGAACUCCGGAAAUGACAUGGUUGUGGACAACGGUGCACCUGAAGUUGCACAUACUGGUGCCAUGUCAUCCGAGAUGGCUGUGAGUCCCUCAUCAGCAGCAUCAACCAACCAUGCUCCUUUCACUCCGUCGGAGAUACCAGGGAUGGCCAUGGAUACAUCAAUGCUAGAUUCAGCAUUUGGUUCUGACAUAGGGAACACAGAACCUCUGCAAUUAGGUCCAGAUGGUUCGUCAAGGGAUUCCAUCCGAUCCUUGGGGCAGCUCUGGAAUUUCAGCCUCUCUGAUCUUACAGCUGAUUUGACAAGUUUAGGAGAUUUGGAGGCUCUUGAGAACUAUGAAGGUACCCCUUUCCUGCCCUCGGACUCGGACCUCUUACUUGAUUCCCCAGACCAUAAUGAUGACAUAGUUGAGUACUUUGCCGACGCCAUCAACGGGAGUCAAUCAGAUGAAGAGAAGUCAUAGAGAAGAUGACAGACUCAAAUAGUCUCAUUCAGUUUGGGACCUGGCCAGAGCAUCAUCUCAUGUAGUGUAAUCCUGUAGCUGCGCAGACUGCCGCAAAUCAGACUGGGCAUUCAUCCAGAGGUGGGAUGAUUGGCGAAUUUUGUAGCGUUCAAUGCUAAUUAUUUGGAAUAAUCAGUUAGGGCAGCCUUCACCGGAUAAUGUUGCUGUCUACAAGGUUGAAAAGUUUAGGAAAUUGUGUCAAACCUCAGGAACAACCCCUUUGUAAUUGCUGAAGAAGUGGACAGUUCAUCUGGUAUUGCACCAUUCCUUGUCUCCCUGUGCCUGUUUCUUUUCUCUUUUUCCUGAGACUACGUAAUGUCGCAAUGUGUCAAAGUAUUUACAAGGUGUGGACAAUGGAGUAUUUUGCAUGUGAAAUUGUGAAUACAGUAAAUGGGGAAACAAUGGCCUACGUAUGGUAA